GCUCGCUCGGCCUCGGUACCACCUUAAAUAAGCUUUCUCCCGUUGCGCACGCCGCCCGCGCGCACACGCCGCCCGCGCGACGUACGGCAGCUCCGUCGAAUCACAACUGGAAUGUAUCCGGAGUCGUCGUGACGGACAGGAGGAGUUUGUACAUAAAGAGCCGCGAGGCGGUUUGGUUUCUUUCGUCGUUUUCUUUUUUUUUAACUUUUCGUUGAAGUCAAUACGGCCGCCGCGUUUCCGCCGCCGGCAUGGGGAAUAGGAGAACUUAGGAGAACUUUCAGUCGCGUCGCAACGACGUGUGGACACCGAGCUCUCGUCCCGAGGCACACGGCACGGCGGCGUCCCGUCGGCCGACCAAACCGGGAUUUGCGGAGGGUUUUUCUUUUUUAACAACCUUCAAAGUUUCCUCUUUGCCCCGUGAACGUUGUGUCUUCGGGGUGCGCGUCGUGCUUCCCGAGUGCGCUUGGACGGCCGAGAGGAGCGAGACCCGACGAAGGACCGAACUCGCCGUCAAGACUUUAAACUCGCUUUCGACUUGACGAUGUUGGGGAAUGUGGCGCUCUACGCAGCGAAGAAACGGAAGAAGCCGGUCCAGAAAGUGCCGAAGGCCCCGGCUCCCGACGGCACCAAGUCCAACCCGUCCAAACGCCACCGGGACCGGCUGAAUAGUGAGCUGGACAAGCUGACCAGCCUGUUGCCCUUCCCGGACGACAUCAGGGCCCGGCUGGACAAGCUGUCUGUCCUGCGUUUGAGCGUGGGCUACCUAAAGGUCAAAAGCUUCUUCAAUGCCACAACCAAGACAAGUCCCAACGGCUCCAGCUGGCCUGGCGAGAGGAGCCUGAUGUUCGGGGGAAACGCUCCGACCUCCCAGCCCGUUUCCGCCGCUCCAAAUGCUGCCGUCAACUCCUCCAUGGUGGCCUCCAUCGAUGGAGUCACCUUCUCUGAGGGGGACCUGCUGCUACAGGCAUUAAAUGGCUUUGUGUUGGUGGUGACAGCCGAAGGCUACAUCUUCUAUACUUCUCCAACCAUCCAGGACUAUCUGGGCUUCCAUCAGUCUGAUGUCAUCCACCAGAGUGUUUUCGAGUUGAUCCAUACAGACGACCGCAGUCUGUUUAAACGGCAGCUACACUUCGCCCUCAACCCAAACCCCAGCUCCAUGGACAGCACUACAGGGCCCCUCAGUGACCAAAGCACCAGUGAGAUCAGCAGCAACGUCAUGACCUAUGACCCUCUGCUGAUACCCCCGGAGAACUCCUCCUUUCUGGAGAGGAGCUUCUGCUGCCGUUUCCGCUGCCUGUUGGACAACUCGUCCGGUUUCCUGGCCCUGAAUUUCCGUGGUCGCCUGAAAUACCUGCAUGGGCAGAACAAGGUGUCAGAGGACGGUACUAUCAGUCACUCCCAGCUGGCACUGUUUGCCGUCGCCACACUGGUCCAGCCACCGUCAAUCCUAGAGAUCCGAACCAAAACCCUUAUCUUUCAGACCAAACACAAGCUGGACUUCUCCCCCAUGGCCAUCGACACACGGGGGAAGGUGGUUCUUGGUUACAGUGAAAUUGAACUCUGUAUGAAGGGAACUGGAUACCAGUUUAUUCAUGCUGCUGACAUGAUGUACUGUGCAGACAACCACCUCAAGAUGAUCAAAGCAGGAGAAACUGGAUUCACAGUCUUUAGGCUGCUGUCUAAAGGCGGGGCGUGGGUCUGGGUUCAGGCCAAUGCCAGACUGGUCUUUAAAGGAGGACGACCGGAUUUCAUUGUGGCCAGACAGAGAGCACUGACAAAUGAGGAGGGCGAGGAGCACCUUCGACUCAGACAUCUGCAGCUCCCCUUCAGCUUCACCACUGGGGAGGCAUUACUGUAUGACGUCGGCCCCACCCUGGAUGUCUCCAACCCCUGCUCCGCUCCGAAGCAGCGCAAGGUGGACGACCUCUCCAUCAGCCCCGGCUCCCUGCUUGGCUGCAUGCUGAGCCAGGACCAGGCGGUCUACUGCCAACACAACAACACCAACUCCUUGAACAGCCUGAAUGAUGUGGCCUUCAAAGACACCCAUGCCUUGGUCAAUGUCCCCGGGGACACUGGGCAACACCAGGCUCCCAGUACGAAUAACCUGAUGAAGGCGGGAGGCAACAUGCAGGACAUGAUGGAGACCUUGCAGCAGAUAUUAGGGGACAGUGAGCUCACUGGUGGGCUGGACGUGGAGCCCACAGAGCUGAAGGACUGGGAGAACAUCCUUCUGAAGAUGAACAGUGGCAGCUGUGGCGUGUCUGAGGACAUGGACGAGCUCCUCAGCAAUGACAUCCUGAGCUACGUGGAGGAGCAGCUCCUCAAGGAGGGCGGUCUGAAGAUACCAGAUCAGCUGGAUGACAUCCCAGUCUGCCUGUCUGGCCUGGACCUUCAGAGUCAGGAGCCCCUGAUGGGUGAAGAGCAACAGAACUUCGACUGGACCAUGGAACCACAGAACCAGAUCCUACGCAACGGAAGGCAAACAGUGACAAAGAAACAAAACUCUGUCCCAGGAAUCAUGAACCUGACACACAUGGGUCCUCCUCAGAUGGGUUCUUUAGGGUUAAACGGUCCAACCCUACAGCAGAUUGCCUCCCAAAGCACCUUCUCCCCCUCUGUUGGUCUGCACUCUGAUAUCAGCCCCACAGGUGGCCUUUCCAAAACGGCGACCUUCAACCCUUCACUGAUGGACUCUUGUGCCCAGACACAAAGCCAGCUCAGAAACCUUCAGCCCACAGCCAAUCAAAAUGGACACAGAUCCUGCUCGCUCAGGCAAACCUCACCCAAUCAGUUUCAGUCCCACCAAAUGUCUCAGUCAAUCCAAAACCACCUUGCACCAAGUGUGCCAGCUGAUCUAUCAAUCAGCCUCCUGGACCAAAACCCAUCAAGGCAGUUUAAUCCCUCUUGUCAGAACGGCCAAUGGAUCUCCCCCAUUCCCGAUUUAAACCGAACUGAUAACUUUGUAGAGAAUUACAUCCAGAAUAUUUCAAAUCAGUCAGGAUUUAGUUUGGAGCCUUCCUCUUCCAGCUUUACACAGUGUCAAUUUCCACUUCAGACACAAAAUGUUGAGAAUCACAGACAAACAUGGCCACCCCAGCAACAACAGCCCCAACACAUGCCAACAUUACUUUCUAAUGAACACCAACACGUCAGCCCUCACCUCGGCCAGGCACCAGGAUUUCAGCUGGGCAUAACUCAAGUUCCAGAGAACUGCAGACCAUUCAUGCCUCCAAAUACCUCUAGCACUGCAUUUCCAACCCAACAGGAAAUGGAAGCUCCUCCUUUAGUGCCUUCCAGCAGCUGCAUGUUUGCAGGUAGCACCCCGUCUGUGCCAGUCAACGCAGUACAACUCAACCAUGCUUCCCAGCAAGCCCCCACAGGGCCUUCCUGUCAGAGGUUUAACCCCUCCAAUGGCCAGAGUUCCUCCGAGAGCUCCUGUUACUACCAGGGGCUUCCCAGUGGGCGGUCACUGGGGGGAAUGACUGUCAUCCCACAUGAGGAUAGUAAUGUCCAGCCUCUGUCCUGCCAGAUGGCCCCUGGCCUUGCCCUGGACAGCCUGCUGCCACAACAACAACAACAACAACAACAACAACAACAACAACCUUACAUCAACUUCAAUGAGCAGAGCCAGAUCAAGAACCGUCCAAUCAUGGGGAACAGAGGGUUUCCUUUCUCCUCGCUGCCCAAUGGGAACACAUAUUAUGCAAAGAACAACUAAAACCCAGGGAAUGUGUCUCCGAAAAGGCCAACCUCUUCAUGGACUCAACAGGUUGAAAAUGAGGAACCUGUCUCUACAUGCUGGCAAAGUGGACUGGAGACUGGUGGACACACUUCCUUCCCUUUUCCCAGUUUUAGGGAACAUCACUUCAGGAGGGACAAAGGAAACGAUUCAUCGGGUUUCUGUGUUGAACAGAGGGCUUUAAACAAACAAAACAAAAUGGCUGUUUGAAAACAAAAAUUAGAAAACAUUUGUUCUCCUCUACCAACUCUCGACACAAAAUGCAUGCCCUCCAAACACUGAAGUGCUCCAUGCGUUUCUCUUUUUGUCAGAGGACUGCCACACUGAGAAGGAUCAAUCCAGGAUCAAAGUCCAUGUUGUUUUGCUGUUUUUAUCCUUUGGAAAAAUGGAUCUUGAUUCAAUUGAAUUCAUUUCAAGUCUCUAUUGCUCUGUAAGGGAAAUGUGGUUUGCAGACGAGGUUUAAACCAAACACACGCGCACGCACACACACACACACAUACACACACACACAUAUGUACACAGACACUUAUGCAGACAGGAAGUCACUCAAAAUCUAAGCAAUUUGGUGCAUCUCCAGAUUUUAAGUCUUCCCUUGCAGUUCUGUUGCUGAGCCAAUUCUGUUUUUGCUGCGUUUAUGUUUGAUGUGUUUCUUCAGUAUUGGUGGCUGCUGCAGUUUUCUGUACAGAGAAAAACACACACACACACACACACACACCACACACACACACACACCGAGGGGGCGUGGCUGCGCCGGGACUGACGAAACAAGUUUUUUUUAAAUAUUAAAGGGACAGUCUGUCAUGGUUUGCAGAUGACACAUUUCAGUCAGAUUAUAGGAUACAGCUAUAAUUAACAUCGAAUACUUGAUAAACCCCACUUCUCAUAGAACAAUAAGCUUAACCAAAGCCUUAAUCUUUGCCUUAACUUAAGCGCUUAAGAAUGCCACCGCGUUAGCCCUUUAAAUAUUCUUCUCCAGUGUCAAAAUAUGAAGUCGUAUAUGCAGUAUGUAGAAUUUGGUCUUAACUGAGACGCCAUUCACUUAAAAUGUUCACGUUCUCCGACGAGAUAACGCGUAACAAUACACAGCAGCUUGCCUGUAGCCUCGCGCUCGAACCCACGGCCAAGUGUACGCGUCCGGCUCACGUUGAAGUCGGUCUGACGCUCGUCCUGUCCUGUCAGCUUGUCGAACUGCCUGUUAAACUGAAAGCGACAGCCCUCUCUUUCUGCCCUGUCACCCUCUUGGACGAGUGGAAACGCUUCUUCUUCUUCUUCUUCUUCUUCUUCUUCUCCUUUUCUCAAACGUAUUUACGUAGUCCCGUUCGUGCUCAGCUACUUCUUCCCGUGUUUUUCUCACUUCACUUAAUUUAUUCACGCUCUUGCGCGCGCUGGGAUCGUCGUCGGCACGCGGGCCCCGGCGUGGAAAGUGGAAAGAUAAGAGGCAGCUAUUGUGUGUUUCCAAAUGAGGAAAGACGAACAUUUGAAAGGAAGAGAGUGAUGUUUCCAGUGUGCGGGAUAAGGGUCAUAUGGGUGUGUGGGCGGGCAGGUGGCCAUCAAGUGCCCCUAAACUGAUCUCAGUUGACUGUCGAAUGUAAAAUCACCCCUUCGCCUUAGGACGCAUAAUCCGAGCCUCACUGCAAAAAAACAAAACAAAAAAAAAACCCAGUUAUAGUAGUGUAAACUACUAAUAAGACACGUUAGCCCCUAGGUAACGGGUCUGACCCUUUAACCGAGCGGUUAGCGAUGUCGCCUUGUGGUGCAGUACACCUCGUAUCGAAUCCCGCACCGGGCAAGAAAAUAAUCGGUUACAGUGGUAACGAAUAAAGAAAUCCCUUGCUCUCCUUUUCUUGCUCUGAGUCGCAAACUCUGUUUGUUUUUGUUUUUUUCUUCACAGGAGUUAAAUAAGCCGACGGUGAGAUUGUUCAACUCUUUUUCGGUGCUGUUGCUAUCGUUUCAGGAAUAUUCCUUUAAAAACAGUUCUUCUACCAAAUUGUUUUUUAACAUCGUAAACAAGAGAAUGACCCCCCCCCCAUCCCCCAUCGUGAAUUUUCUUUAUUUAUUUUUAAGAUAAGUAAGAUUUUAAGACUCAGUAGAGGACAGGUGGUGUUGCAAUAAUUUUUGUUGUUUCGUCUUGUUGUUGUUGUUUUUUUUCCGCAGUGCAUCCACCUUGUUGCGAUGUGACCACCUCUAACCAAGCCUACGUAGAUCCUUAGUGUUGAUAUACGCAACUCGCUUUCAGCAUAUUAUUUACCUUUCAAAAAAGGCUUAUAUCUGUCAAAGGAGAUGCUUUCAUACACGUGUUGGAGGCCAAGACUCUGAAAUGCAGUAUCAUUGUGUACUUGUACAUACAUAUAUCUAUAUAUAUCUUCUUUUUUUUUUCAAACUGCGUAUCAUCGUAUCAUCAUGUGUAUUUCUGUGAUAUAUUGCCUUAAUCUUACUCACGCCUGUUAUAUUUUGUAUUUUCUGCACAGCAGUUAUGUAAUCCUUUUUUUAUUACUUUUAAACAUUUUAUAAUUUGUGGAUUUUUCGUUUUUGUUGUUUGUUUUUUGUUUUUUUCUCUAACAAUGUAUCAGCGUUUAAAAUCCGCUGUUCUGCUGUCUUUUGUACACCACAUUAAAAUGGCUUAUAAUCACCCAGAA